AUGGUCAAGACAGUUCCCUUCCAAGAUAUUCAAGUCCCCGUCCCAGGCUUUGGAGCUAUGGGCCUCUCCAUGGCCUACGGUCCCGCAGACGACACGGAAUCCCACAAGACUCUCCAAAAGGCUAUCGAUCUCGGAUGUACCUUCUGGGACUCUGCCGUCUUGUACGGUGCCGGUCACAAUGAAUCGCUCAUCGGCGACUUUUUCAAGAAGACUGGUACCAGGGACAAGGUCUUUAUCGCUUCCAAAUGUGGUUACGACGACCCCAUGACAACGAUCUGCAACGUCACCAACAAGCCUGAACACAUCCGAGCCUACAUCGAGGGUACCAAAGACCGACUCGGCUCUUACCCCGACCUGUACUACCUCCACCGAAUCGACCCCAACACUCCUAUCGAAGAGUCCGUUACUACCCUUGACGAGUUGAGGAAGGCUGGCAAGACCAAGUACAUUGGGUUGAGCGAGUGUGGUGUUGAGACCUUGAGGAAGGCUUGUUCGGUUGCCAAGAUCGACGCUCUCCAGAUCGAGUAUUCUCCCUGGGAGACCACUUAUGAAGAGAACGGACUGAUCGCCGCCGCAAAAGAGCUCGGCGUGGCUGUCGUUGCCUACUCUCCUCUCGGCCGAGGUAUCCUCUCCGGCUCGCAAUCGCUCGAUGACCUCGAUGAGACCGACUUCCGCCGCAUGCUCCCCCGCUGGUCGCCCGAAAACUUUCCCAACAAUAUCCGCAUCGUCGACGAGUUUCGCGCCCUCGCCGAAAAGAAGGGCACCACCCCCUCGCAGCUCGCCUUGGCCUGGCUCAUCGCCCAGGGUGCUAUCCCCAUUCCUGGAACGAAGAUCAGAACGAGGUUGGAAGAGAAUUUCAAGGGAGGUGAUGUGGAUUUGAGCGAGGAAGAGUUGAAGGAGUUGAGGGCGUUGAUCGAAAAGGCCAAGCCUGUUGGGGAGAGGUAUAUGGAUGGGGCGUUGCAGCAGCUCGGUCAUUAA